CUUCCGCGGGGACUCGGGAUGUGCGUGUGUGCUCGUGAAGGAGGGAGGAGCCCGUUCGUCCGCAUCGGCUUCCCGGGGUCACCUGUUCUCUCUCCUCGCCUUCCCGCUCGGCAAUCGCCGCCGCCGCCGCCUGGGCACCUGCAGGAAGCGGGCGCGGCUUCUUUGCAACGGUCCCCAUCUGUGCCAUUGCCGCCCCCUCCGCAGAAGCCCAAAUCCUGCCAGUCCCCCCCCCUCCACCACACACACCCCGCCCGGCCGCCCCGCCCGGCUAGAUUCCUGCGAGGCUCCAGCGUUGGGUGGGGGCAUCGAUGUUUGCCAUGUGCCAACCGGAAUUCCCCCUCCAUCCACAGCUCGGUGAAGCCCAGGGAAAUUCACAGCAGGAUGUGAUCUACCAUAACAAAAAGGACUCCCAUCCAGACAAGAACCUCAACUUCAUGGAUGAGAAGUCCUCUGAUAGCAACGAAAACUGGAGCCAACCCAUAUCAAAGGUGCCGAUACCAGAGGAGUGGGAACAAUGGAAUGACAAUGGGAUAAAGAAGGUAUCUGAGAAUCUGACUGAUCUAAUACCCCGACAGAAAGCAAAGAAUCGCUCUAGAGGCAUUUCUCAGAACCUAAAGUCUGAUGAUAACUUCCUGGGCUUAGAGGAGGAGAAGGACAGAGAAGAGGAGGACAUCCGCAGACCACCUGAAGGUGCUGAGGUCAGGAGUCCAGAACAAGAGACCAACUACCAGGUGAAGGUAAAAGUAAGAGGGAAACUGGCCAGUUCCCCUCGAGAAGAUAAUGAUUAUUCCAGCAGUCGUUGGGUUGAUAACCCUGAAAGUGAUGGCACCAAAGUUUGGAAGAUACCUUCUGUCACCGAUGAAGACGGGACAUGUAACGCUACGCAGCAAGCCUCCAAUGAUGAUUUUGACAGCUCUUCCUCUAGUUCUGAGACCGUCUCCCCAGCACUGGCAGAAGCUUUCAGGAACAUGCAGGAGAUGAAGAAGUUCAAAGAGUUGGAGAAACAGAAAUAUCACAGCCACUUAGUGAUGUAUCGCCGCCUGGCCUUGCUACGCUGGAUUCGCAGCCUCCAGCAGAACGUUGCUGACCAGCAAAAUCGACUGCAGGAGAGCUUUGACACUAUCCUGGACAAUCGCAAAGAACUUAUUCAACAGGUCAAGCAAGGCAUGGUGCACACCGAAAACCCAACUUAGGGUUUUGAAUUAUAAAAAACAGCCCACCCUCCAUCUCUUCAUUUCUUAGCUUGGCCUCCCAAAUAAGGGUCAUCAGGAUCAUCGCUUGUUUGCAAUUUGGCCCAGUGGACUUUUCUCGUGUUUGAUUGUUCCUCCUAGAAGACAUCAGAAAAUUAUCGGCAAGUUAAUCAUAGACACUCCAAGACACAUUAUUUAUGUGGACACAUACUUCCCCCCCCCCGAGAUUAUUUUCCAAGAUGCAUCACUUCUGGGGAUGAAUGUAUUAUAAAUACAACUUCCAGUGAAACGAAAAUAAGAAAUGCAGAUGGUAUGAUGAUGAGUAGAUCCUAUGGGUCAUGGAGAAAAACUGAAAAAUUGUGGGCAUGUAGGCUUAUAAAAUACCUGCUAAGCAUCUGAGAUGGAAAGAAGCUUGAAAUGGGAACUUUGUGAGUCAGUUAUCAAGUCUUGUGCUACUACCUGGAUAGAAUGUUGGAUGCUUCAAAGCCAUGGUACAACUUGCAUGUCAUGACAUCCUUAUGAUACACAAGAAGGAUGCAUUCUUCAAGCAACUUGCGUGAGCUCACACAAUACACUGAAGAGAUACCCAGUCCUGUGGGUAGCUUUGCAGUAACACAGCUACAAACUACUGUUUUCUAGUCUACAGUGUUUGGUGAGCAGAAACUGUGAGUGACUUGCUAUCAAAACUGGGUCCUCUCUUAAGAUGAGUUAGAAAGUUUCUGAGAGUGUUUGAUGUUUUCCAAAGUUUGUAAAUUAGGGAGUAUCAUAUGAAAAUAUUUGUUUGGCCAGUUGACCAAACCCAAUUUGCUAUUUCUUUGGUGUGAUAGAAUGUCAAAUUUAUGUCAAAGUUAGUAUAAAACAGAGGUCUUCAAACUUGGCAACUUUAAGACUUGUGGACUUCAACUCCCAGAAUUCUGGCAGCAUAGCUGGCUGGAGAAUUCUGGAAAUUGCAGUCCACAAGUCUUAAAACUGCCAGGUUUGGGGACCCCGGUAUAAAACAACAUCCCUUAGUAACUAGGGCCUAGUUCUUCGGUGUAAUCUGUUGACCUUAGUUGGUUCCAGUUACCUUCAAGGUUACUAGAUAUUUCACCCAGCAUGUUUUGGGGUGGAAGUGAAAUUCAUCAUUUUAAAUAUUUUACAUAAUGUUCAUUUUAAUCUUCCUUUCCUGCAGAUGAUUCCACCAUUAAUAGAAGUACAGAUAUAUGGAUGUACAUUUCCAGUAAUGGAUAUUGCGUUGCGGAAGUCCUUCUCAAACUGAUUUUUCUUUUAACAUUUAUGAUUCAUCUGUGUAAAGAGACUUGUCUGUUGCUUUUCUGUAUUUUUUUUAACAGAAGAAAUGUAUUACCAAGUAUAAUAUAGGAUAAUGAUGUAAACUGACUUUACUGAUUGUAGCAUUUGGAUAAUUAUUGCUAUCACUAGUACAAAUCAGAACUGAUAUGCAUGUUCUUUGAAAGAAGAUAAAAAUGUCUGUAUUUGGAGAUAUA